AAAAAAAGAAAAAAGAAAGAAAAAAACUCUAUCGUGAACAUAAAAAGAGCGACACCAUAAGAAUCCCUUUGCUCCCACUUUCGAAUUCCUGCACUCUCUCUCAACUUCCUAUCCCACACUACAUCUCAACGCAUUCCUACCAUCCAAACAUAAAAAAAAGAAGAAAAAGCAUCAUAUCGCAAUGAAUCUCUUUCACAUCAAACAGCAGGACAGGAUCGGCUGGAUCGGUCUCGGCGAGAUGGGCUACAAUAUGGCAAACAAUCUGCAGCGUUAUCUUGCCUCGCGUUCCCUAACCAUGACGGUGUGGAACCGCACCCCAGAAAAGUCCAAAAAGAUGCACCACCACGGAGCCCGCAUCGCUAAAUCGAUUGAGGACCUCGUUGCCCAAAGCAAUAUCAUCUUCACAUCUCUUGCCAACGACACCGCUGUCGAGGAGAUAUACGAAAUCCUGUUCGAUCUCGCGGGCCAAGUCGACCAUUCCAUCAUCUUUGUCGAGACCUCGACUAUUUAUCCUGCCCUGGCCACCAAACUCAAGGAGCGCCUCGCGGUGACUCCACAGCACACCUACUUGCAGUGCCCUGUCUUUGGCCGCCCUUCUGCAGCCAAGGCAGCCAAGCUGAUCUGGGUCACAAGCGGAGACGAAAAGGCGAUCAAGAAGCUGUGUCUGUACUUUACGACCAUGUCCAAGAGUAUCAUCCAUCUCAAGACUACGGACGUUGCCCGCGCGUGCUCCUUCAAGUUGAUUGGCAACUUUUUCGUGGUUGGGACUAUGGAGCUCCUGGCUGAGGGACUAACCCUAGCUGAGAAGGCCGAUGUCGACCAAGGAUCCAUUCUCAAGUUCAUCGAGGCCUUCUUUCCAGUCCCCUCCUGGAUCGAGUGCAGCAAACAAAUGACCCAAGGGACCUUGAUGAGCAAGGACACUGGAUUUUCGGUCGACAUGGGGCUGGAGAAUGUGGGACACAUGCGACAGCUGGCGCAAGACACUGGGGCUUCUUUGCCGACUGCCGAUUUGGCAUACAACCAUCUGCUGGCAUUGAAAGAGCGAGGCAAGGGUGAUCAGGACUGGAGCAGCAUGAUCAAUUCCUUGCGAACCUCACCGGCAUCAUCGAGACGGCAAUCUGAAGAUUCGACACUGCAGAGAGACGGAGCCGAGGAAAUCGAUGUAAAAACUUGCGAGGACUGCCGCCCACCUGCUUAUGACGCAAAUUAAGGAUGACGAUGAUGCGAUAGCUCGAUAAGUGAAGAGGCACCUUUUAGAUACCCCCGCGCAGCGUUCUUUUAUACCAACAUUCCCCGCAUUUCCUUGUCUUUUCAAAGACAAUUACAUACGCGCAUUCUUAAUAAAACCGAGCUCCGCUGCUGCAUGAAACCAUUUCAGCAUUGGAGAGCAUCUUUUUAUCUUUUCCUUUUUCCUUUUGCUCUUACUUUUGCUCUUCAUUCUCCUCUCCAUUUUUUUUACGGGCAAGUUCCACCAUCGACGCCAC